CACCCAAGAAUGGCCUCCUUCUUUAACCUAUUGAUGAUCAUCAUCUUUAGCUUCAAGAAUUUUGCAUCCACAAAAGCACAGGGUCCUAACUAUCUCUUCAUAUAUUGCGUGCUUCAAAACUUUACCGCCAACAGCACCUACCAAACAAACCUCAGGACUCUCUACUCUUCCUUAUCUUCCAAAGCCAAAAACAGCAUCGAAUUCUACAACACGACCAUCCGCCACGCCCACUCCGACGACACAGCUUACGGAAUGUUCAUGUGCAGGGGCGACACACCCUCCGCGCAAUGCGGAGAGUGCGUCCAAAACGCAACCCUAACGCUGUUAAGCAAUGGCUGUAAAUCCUCCAUAGAAGGGCUUGUAUGGUACGACCAGUGCAUGGUUAGGUAUUCAAACACGUAUUUCUUCUCCAAGUUAUCCAUGGAGCCAUUCAAGGAGUAUGUUAGUCCUACCAAACAGAUUUACCAAGGAACCUUCAACAGAACCUUGUUUGAGACACUGAACAAGACGGCGGAGGAGGCGGCCAAGGCGCCGACCGGAAAGAAGAAGUUUGCGACGGAAGAAGCAGAUCUGCCGGAGUUUCAGAAGCUUUACUGUUUGGCUCAGUGCACACCGGAUCUGUCGCCGGAAGAUUGCAGGAGUUGUUUGAACGUUUCUAUAAACGGGAACGUUCCGCGGUGUUGUGGAGGAAGGGAGGGAGGGAGGGUUAUGUAUCCAAACUGCAUGAUCAGGUUUGAGCUUUACACUUUCUAUGGAUCUCCAUCAUCCCCUGCUCCAGCACCAACAGGUGUACUUCUCACUCCCCCCACAGUUGGUCAUGAAAGUACCACUUUAGAAGGAUUGCAAUUUGAUUUGAACGUACUUAAAGUGGCUACAAACAACUUUUCACUUGAGAACCUUAUUGGCAAGGGAGGAUUUGGAGAAGUUUAUAAGGGCAUUCUUCUUGAUGGACGAUUUAUAGCUGUGAAAAGACUGAAUACAAGUUCUAGACAAGGUUCAGAUGAAUUCAAGAACGAGAUUUUAUUGAUAGCCAAACUUCAACACAGAAAUCUUGUAACUUUGAUAGGCUUUUGUCUCGAUGAGCAAGAAAAAAUUCUUAUUUACGAAUAUAUGCCAAAUAGAAGUCUCGACUACCAUUUAUUUGGUGAUCAACAACAUAAAUUAAGUUGGGUUGAACGUUUUAAAAUUAUUAAAGGGACUGCUUCAGGACUUCUUUAUUUGCAUGAAUAUUCUAGAUUCAAAGUUAUUCAUCGAGAUCUAAAAUCUAGUAACAUUUUAUUAGAUGAAGAUAUGAAUCCAAAAAUUUCAGAUUUUGGUAUGGCACGAAUAGUUGAUAUAAAUCAAGAAAAAGGAGAAACGAACAGGAUUGUUGGUACAUAG